CUCACCAAUCAGGAGCCGGAGGUCCGAAGCAGCGUCACCGACUCGAAGCCGGUCCCACAGCUUAAGAGGAGCGACUGUGCCUUGAUUAUUACACUUUUCUCCUGUUCACAGAGAAAGAAGAAACAAUGGCAAGAACCAAGCAGACCGCUCGUAAGUCCACCGGAGGCAAAGCCCCCAGGAAGCAGCUGGCCACCAAGGCUGCCCGUAAGAGCGCCCCGGCCACCGGCGGCGUCAAGAAGCCUCAUCGUUACAGGCCCGGUACCGUGGCUCUCAGAGAGAUCCGUCGCUACCAGAAAUCCACCGAGCUGCUCAUCCGCAAGCUCCCUUUCCAGCGCCUGGUCCGUGAAAUCGCUCAGGACUUCAAGACCGACCUGCGCUUCCAGAGCUCCGCUGUCAUGGCUCUGCAGGAGGCCAGCGAGGCUUACCUGGUCGGUCUCUUCGAGGACACCAACCUUAGUAUAGUAUUAAAGAUGAGUGGAAGAGGAAAAGGCGGCAAAGGGCUCGGAAAAGGAGGCGCCAAGCGUCAUCGUAAAGUUCUCCGUGACAACAUCCAGGGAAUCACUAAGCCCGCUAUCCGGCGUUUAGCUCGCCGCGGUGGAGUCAAGCGUAUCUCCGGUCUGAUCUACGAGGAGACCCGCGGUGUGUUGAAGGUUUUCCUGGAGAACGUUAUCCGUGAUGCCGUCACCUACACCGAGCACGCUAAGAGAAAGACCGUGACUGCCAUGGAUGUGGUCUAUGCUCUCAAGAGGCAGGGACGCACUCUCUACGGCUUCGGAGGUUAAACUACAAACUCCUUCAUCAAACAACACAAAGGUCCUUUUAAGGGCCACACAGCUUGUCAAGAUAAAGACAGAAGUUCCUUGUA